AAAGAAAAACACUUUCUCCGUGCCCCGUUUUAGGGUUUCUAGUGUUUUCACGACCCCUCUUUCUCCCUCAGAAAGAAAACCCUAAACCCUAAAUCCUUCGUCUCCCUCAACCACCAUCAUCUCUCCAAUGUUCAACUCCAUUCGCAGUCGACUCCUCCCCACACGACGCCGACCCCCCUCUCAUGGCGUCGUCUUCUUCCUCCGCCCCCCAAACCCUUCCCUUCCCAACCCUAACCUACCUCAUCGACUUCUGCGGCUUGUCCCGCGAAUCCGCCAUUUCCGCGUCCCAGAAGCUGCACCUCAAGAGCACCGAGAAACCUAGCGCCGUUCUCGGCCUCUUCCGCGAGUACGGCUUCGGCAAAACCGACAUCUCCAAGAUCAUCACCAAGAUCCCGACCCUGCUCACCUGCGACCCCCACAAGAUCCUCAAGCCAAAGCUCGACUUUUUCCGCAGCGUCGGAUUCUCCGGCGACGCCCUUUCGCGGCUCAUCGCGCUGAGCCCCCUCCUCUUGCGGCGGAGCCUGGAGGAUCACCUCAUCCCCUGCUUCACCUUCCUCCGCACGCUUCUCCACUCCAACGACAACGUCGUCGCCGUCUUCAGCCACGCGCCCCACGCCCUCAACUCCAAUCUCGUAAAGACCAUCAUGCCGAGCCUGCAGGUUCUGCGCAAGCACAAUUUGCCCGAGGAGCGGAUCGCCAAGUUGGUGACGGUCCAGCCGGGAAUCCUAAUGCAGGCGCCCGGUCGGGUUAAUGAGAUCGUCGAGGAAGUGAACGCCACGGGGAUUCAAACGUCCGAUCCGAUCUUCAUAUACGCGUUCGGGACGUUGUCCGGGUUAAAAAGAUCGACUUGGGAGCGGAAGAUGGCGGUUUACAAGAGCUUCGGUUGGUCGGAAAUGGAGGUCCUCAUGGCUUUCCGGAAGCAGCCGAUGUGUAUGAAGAUGUCCGAGGAGAAGAUAAAGGAGGGGUUGGAGUUCUACUUUAACAAGCUCAAGUUGCGACCGGACGAUAUAAUUCGGUAUCCGAAGCUUUUGAUGCCAAGUUUGGAGAAGACAAUAGUGCCAAGGUGCACGGUGCUGAGUGUUUUACAGAAGGAGGAGAAGCUAGGGAAGAAGUUGAAAUUCGGCGCAAUAUUGACACUGCCCGCAAGGCUGUUCUUGAAGAGAUUUGUGAUGAGGUAUCACAAGGAUAUUCCUGAUGUUCUCAAGGCCUAUAGUGGCGAGAUCGAGUUUGAUGGAUUGGAGAUAGAUCGGGGAUGAAUCGCUGUUCUUCUGCGAAGAGAUAGUUUGGGGACGUAUGAUUUCACUCUUGAACGGAAGUUUGGACACUAGAGGGGAUCGAUUGUUUAAAUUGGCAUCCCUCCAGCGGAAUUCUUAAGCAAAGGGGACCACUAUCAUCCUAACCGCAUAUCUUUUUAUUGAACGACCGAAAACUUAUUCGUGGUGGAUCGGCCACUUCGAACGCAAACUUGGGAGCAUCUAUCCAAGCUGGGAGGAAUUUCGGAGACUCCUGUACGAGCAGUACUUCAAGGAUAGCACUAAGCAGAGUUUGGAGCGUGAAUUGCAGCGUCUCAAGCAAGGCAACCGUACCGUAGGCGAGUAUGAGCGAGACUUCUCUCGGAUUGUUUCGUUGAUUCCGUUCGUGGUUCGUGAUGAGUAUCACAAGGCAAGGAUGUUUGCGAGAGGGCUAAGGCCCAGUAUUCGACUCCUGAUCGCGUCCCAUGGCGCGUUGACGUUCGACGAGAGCUUAGAUCGGGCCCUGAUGGUGCAGAGUGAAAUGGACGAGGCUCGAAUCGAACAGGACGCAUCCGAGAAGAGUGCGGAUAGGAAGCGUACCCAGGGAAGUUUUGCUGGUAGCCAAUCAAGCAACGGACGAUCAUCCAAGCAUCGCAAGGCACAUUCAGAAUCGAGCAGCGCCCCCGCUACGUCUCAGCAGCAGAGCAUCAGACCUUGUGUUAUCUGCGGUGAGGCUCACAAGGUUAUUGAGUGCCCACAGCGCCACAAUCACUGUUACAGGUGUGGCCAACGUGGACAUCUUCGGGCAGAUUGCACCAGUGGAGCAGGUACAGCAUCUGCAGCAGCAUCUACUCCAGCAGCUCCAUGGCAGGAUCGUGGCAAUUCGACCUAUUCUUCAGCUGGACGUCCAUCGACAUCUCGUCAAGUGAAGGAGGUACACCAGACCACUGACGGACGCGCCUUCAUGAUGACACGUCAGAAGGAUGAUCAGUCGGCUGACGUCGCCGCAGGUGACAGAGACGAGGAGUUGGAUUUUGGGCUCGACGAGAGGACGAUCUAGUUAGACGGCAGUAGCGACCGUCACCCUGGUCAUUUCUUUCCCGCAUUUAGUAGUUUUCUUAAUAAUGGUUCAGUUAGCUGAUCUUAUGUAUGCUUGAAUGUAUGUGCACUGUGGUGUUGGUUUCUUUUAUACAUGAGAUUGGAGUUUUCGAUC